AUGGGGGUUGCAGUUCAGGAGCCCCUGAGCGCCCGCGUGCUGCGGUGGAGCUGUGUCUGGGGCAGGGACAAGGUUCUGUCUGUCGGGAGUGUCCCUCCUGGUGUGCUCCUGUGGCAGCUCAGGAGGUGGUACAAGCUUCGCUCCAAACCAGGGAAAAAGGAGAAGGAGAGGGGGGAGAUCGAGGUGGAUAUCCAGUUCAUGAGGAGCAACAUGACAGCCAGCAUGUUCGACCUGUCAGCGAAGGACAAGCCCCGCUCCCCCUUCGGCAGGCUCAGGGACAAGCUGAAGGGCAGGAGGAGCAGCGGCCUCUCGGACACGGCCUCGGCCGUGCUGCCCAGCAGCGCCCACUCCUCCGCCGGCAGCGACGACGAGUCCCUCGAGAAGGAGAAGAAGAAGUCCAAGCUCAAGGCGCUGUUCUCCAAGCCCGGCCUGCAGAAGAGCUCCCUGUCCCAGUCCCUGUCGGUGCUGCCCACCCAGCAGCCCGGCACCCAGCGCGUGCGGCUCCAGCCCGGCGACUUCCAGCCCCCCUGGGACGAGGAGGAGCCCGGGAGCUCUCCUGGCUCGGAGCGAGCCUUUGGAAAUGCCCUAGAAGAGAAGUUCACUCUUUCUCCUGUGUUUAAAUCUCGUAAAACAGCAACUCUGGACAGGCAACUAAACCCAGUAGCCACUAGCCACACCAAGAAAGAAGGGCUCUCUUUGUUCAGUGGCCUUAAAUCCAAAAGCGACCCUGUGUCCAAGUCCAGUCUGUGUAUCAAUGGCAGUCACGUUUAUAUGGAAGACAGCACGAUGAAGGACAACACUCCAGCCUCUUCCCCCUCUCCUCACAACUUCAGGAGGAAGCAGCUCUUUGCUUCGGAAGAGAACCUGUCUUCCAGAUCCAUUAAAGGACCUGAAGAGACAGGAACAACAUCUCCUAGUCACGCUUUCUCCGGGUCUGCAUCCUUGGAGACCUUUAAAUCCAUGACUUUGCCAUCGUACAAACUGCUCAGCAGUGAAGAGCACCUGGAAACCAGCGUUCCCCAGAGUGUUGAGGUCGUUCAGGAGACCAAAAAACCCGACCUGAGGAAGUCUGCCUUGCUCUCUCUGGUCACUGGGAAGAAAGAAGCAGUGAAGACCAGUGAUGCUGAGAAUACUCCCAACAGGGCCCCGCAGGACGAGGAGAACAAAGUUCUGGAAGAGAAGGAUGAACACAAGGACAAACACCUUGAACAUCCAGCAGACCCAGGCAGGGGGAAUCCUGCUGAAGACGACACCUUGGCAAAUCAGCAGCCCCUGAACCCUUUUGAGGAGGAACAGAAACCUGAAAAAGCUGCAGUGCCAGCGAAGACCAAAGCUGUGAAGCCCAG